AUGCCCUUCGGGAAUCCAAAUCCGAAUUACGGGAACCGCGACGCUCAUGAUGGUUAUGGCCCUAGCACCGGGGGCGGGACGAAAGGAAGCAACGUUCCCGGACAAGGCGCUACCACUUAUCCAGGUACAAUCGGGUUUAGCAAGGAGAAUGCGGUAAAUUCCCCUGGAGGUGUUUCGAACGGUGGGACUUUACCAGGUGGUAUCUUACCGGGCAGUGCGAAUGGCAUACCGGGAAGUCCUCAACCGGUAGCAAACAGCGGGACCAUCCCCCCCGGUAUCGUAAAGUCCGGCCCAGGCAACUUAGGCACCUCACCUGUGACACCGAUCCUGGGCUCGACGCCUCAAGGGGCCAGCUUCAAUGCCUCGGGGGCAGGUCUCCCCAUCAAUCAAGAAAAUCUGAGCAAGACCAUCGUCGGUAAUGGAACAUCAACAGGAAGUGGAGGUGGUAAGGUUGGGCCUGCCAAUCCAAGUAAUGACUCAAACGCUGCAGCGCCAAACGGAGGCUCUGGAUUGGUCACCAGCUCGAAAUCACAAAACGGGGGCGGAAUGCCGAUUGGAGGCAUUCAACCCGGGGCAUCAGCUCUGGCCGGCAGUACCGGACUUGGCCCUGCAGCCAGUCCUCAAGAAGCAACCCCUGGAUCUUCGGCUGGUACCCCCGGAUCCUUAACCGGCGGGCGGCUUCCGGGAAUAAAUACCAACAGUUUAACCGGCUCUAUUCCAAAUGUGGGAGGUGGUCUAAGCGGAGCACAAGAGUUGCCCGUAAAUGCUCAAGGAGCUCUCGGCGGCAUCAACGGCCAUCCAGGGGUUGGCUCAGUUUUAAGUACUCAGGAUUCUGACGGAACGCUGAGAGGGUUGCAAAACAUUCCCGGCGCUGGUGGGCAAGGGAAUCUGAAUGGUAUUCAAGGUUCAGUUCCUGGAAUAACAAAUUUAGGAUCUUUGCUCGGAGGUCAAGCACCCUCCGUUGACCCCAGCGGUAUUAACCCUGGCGGCCCGAAAGGCCCUUCCCCAGGUCCUUCCUCCGGGGUACUGACAGGUCAAGGCACUCCAAACAAUCUUAACGGGCCCAAAGGACCAAUUCCCACACCAGGUGGCUCGACCGGUCUCUUAAACAAUCUUCCUGUUCUCGGUGGGCAAGGGGCUUCAGGAAGUCCAAAUGGUAUAUCGGGUUCACUAUCUUCAUUACUUGGUGGCCAAGCUGCCGGGCCUAUCCUCGGCGGAAGUGGUAGGGAACAAGGUUCCAAUGGCCUAUUGGGCUCAGUUUCGGGACUCACUGGUGGUCUGGCGGGGGGUAUUUCUCCACCUCGAGGCUCGUUAGGUAACAUCCCAGUCGUCUCGUCAUUACUUGGUGGCUCUUCAGGUCCGGGUCGAAACGCAGCAGGCGCUGGCUUGUUGACCGGGGACCAAGGGCUUGGUAUAAAUCUGAAUGGAUUGGGGGGGUCUGUGUCUGGCCUCACCGGUGGGCUUCGUUCCCUUCCAAUUGUCGGUGGUCAAGGUCAAAACAACAAUCUUCCACUCGGCGGAGGAGGUUUACCGUUGAAUCCUGGUAGGAUAGGAUCUCAAUUGGGCGGCUCUGUGUCUGGUCUUACUGGUGGGCUUAGUUCCCUUCCAAUUGUCGGUGGUCAAGGUCAAAACAUCAAUCUUCCACUCGGCGGAGGAGGUCCACCUGGCGGGAUAGGAUCUCAAUUGGGCGGUUCUGUGUCUGGCCUUACUGGUGGGCUUAGUUCCCUUCCAAUUGUUGGUGGUCAGGGUCAAAACAACAAUCUUCCACUCGGCGGAGGAGAUUUACAGUUGAAUCCUGGUGGAAUAGGAUCUCAAUUGGGCGGCUCUGUGUCUGGCCUUACUGGUGGGCUUAGUUCCCUCCCAAUUGUCGGUGGUCAAGGUCAAAACAACAAUCUUCCACUCGGCGGAGGAGGUUUACAGUUGAAUCCUGGUGGGAUAGGAUCUCAAUUGGGCGGCUCUGUGUCUGGCCUUACUGGUGGGCUUAGUUCCCUUCCAAUUGUCGGUGGUCAAGGUCAAAACAUCAAUCUUCCACUCGGCGGAGGAGGUUCACCUGGCGGGAUAGGAUCUCAGUAUAAUGGACAUAAUGUCCACCGACCAGCAGGUGAUGGAUACGGACCUGCUUUGCGCAAGCGCUCAGACACCGGUCUGCCCGUAACUGACAUCCCUUCAUUUGGCGACGGAGAUGAUUCUACAGAUAGUAGCUUUGAGAGUUUCGGCUUCUCUCCCCCACAAGACUUUGGGAGUAACUCUGGUGCCUUCAAUAGUCAAGGUGGCUCGGACGACUCAGUCAACUUCCCUAACCUAGGCGAUCAAGGAUCCAAUGGGAUUGGAGGACUGAUUGCAAGUCUACCUGUGGCUGGUUCCAUCCUUGGUGGAAAUGGUGAAACAGCCCCCGAUGGGCAGUUAGGUUUGCUGAACAACUUGCCCGUAGUCAAUUCCAUUUUUCGCGGAAACCAAGGUGGUAUUAUUCGUCGUGGUGUGUCGGAUGGCCUUGGAAACCUUCCUGUUGUUGGAGCUGCCCUAGGUGACGGCGGUGUUGGCGGGAUUGUCAAUGGCCUCCCCGUAGUUGGCGGGAUUGUCAAUGGCCUCCCCGUAGUCGGCCCUCUCGCAAAUGGAAAUGGCCCGGCAGGUCAGGCCAGCUCAGGAGGUUUGUUGAACGGGCUGCUCGGCGGGGGUGGCGCGCAAGGAGGACUAUUGCGCCGAGGUUUGACGGAUGGCCUUGGAAACCUUCCCGUUGUUGGAGCUGCGCUAGGUGACGGCGGUGUUGGCGGGAUUGUCAAUGGCCUCCCCGUAGUCGGCCCUCUCGCAAAUGGAAAUGGCCCGGUAGGUCAGGCCAGCUCAGGAGGUUUGUUGAACGGGCUGCUCGGCGGGGGUGGCGCGCAAGGAGGACUAUUGCGCCGAGGUUUGACGGAUGGCCUUGGAAACCUUCCUGUUGUUGGAGCUGCACUAGGUGACGGCGGUGUUGGCGGGAUUGUCAAUGGCCUCCCCGUAGUCGGCCCUCUCGCAAAUGGGAAUGGCCCGGCAGGUCUGGCCAGCUCAGGAGGCUUGUUGAACGGUGGAUCUGUCCUUGGCGGAAAUGGCGAGCCCAAUUCAGAUGGAGUAGGAGGACUGGUCAACGGAUUACCUGUCAUCGGUGGGCCAGGCGACAUUGUCAAUGGCAUCGGUCUCAAUCGGCUUCUUGGGCGAAGUGCACUUCACGACCCACGAUCGUACCAAGGCGACAAUGAUGCAUACUCGGACACGGGUGAUCAAGAGGCCGCCCAAGAUGAUGAAUACAAUUUACCCAACCCUUUCACAGCCAGAGAAGGUCAGCGUGGCCGGUACGAUAACCGGUACGGCUCUGACCGUUCCGGGCCCAGCAUGAGGCAUUAUCUCGCUAAUAGCUACAAGCACGGUGGAAGCAAGCCGACUUCUGAUCAGGAACCCGACAACAGCGACAACACGUAUGCUAAACGGGGCGUAUCCGGCUUUUUGGGAAACCAGAACGACCAACCUACAGACCAAUCCAGCUCCCCCGCUAAUCCCCAACUGGACACCCAGACCAGUUCCCAGUCAGCCUCGGAAACGAACGACGAAGCCACUAGCCAGUCAGGAGGAGUCCUUGCAUGGUUAGGUAACAUUCUAUAG